AUGCAGCUACUAUCCAGUUUCCAGUCGAUUCGGUUCGGCUUGAUGGUUGGUGUUAAAGGAGUUGUACUGAGCAGAAAUACAGAUAUACGCCUGGGUGAUAUCGUGGUUAGUAAGCCGAUGGAUACGCAUGGGGGAGUGGUGCAGUAUGAUUAUGGAAAAGCAUUAGAUGGCGGAUAUUUUCAGCAGACGAGAAUGCUCAACCUGGACCACUUAACAGAAGAUAGCCAAGUCAUUGGUUUUCUUGCCGAGAUUGAGCAGAAAAUGUCCAAACAAGCUGUCAACCUUGCUCGCUCCACACAGGAAGACUGUCUAUACCAAAGUGACUACAGCCAUGUUGAUCCCGACUACCAAACCUGCCAUGACUGUAAUACAGAAAGAACUGUCCCCCGGCAUUCUCGAAACGACGAUGACCCUUUUGUUCACUAUGGACUGAUUGCGUCCGCGAAUCUAGUGGCGAAAGACAGUCGAGUACGGGAUCAACUGAGUCGUGAACUUGGUGCUUGUUGUGUGGAGAUGGAAGCAGCGGGACUGAUAAAUAACUACCCAUGCUUGGUGGUACGAGGGAUCUGUGAUUAUGCGGAUUCCACAAGGACAAAGAAUGGCAGGGAUACGCUGCUGCCACUGCCGCAGCAUAUGCGAAGGAACUCCUCUCUGCAACUUCAGUUCCAUGUUCCAUUUGACCUUACUGCGAUGCCCGUAAUCAAAUAUUUCUUGGGACGGCAAGAUAAACUGGUGCACCUAUGGGAGUAUCUACAGCCGGAAAGCUCUGAGUCACGAAAUGUCGCCGUUCUUCAUGGACUAGGUGGUAUGCGAAAGACACAACUAGCAGUCCGCUUCGCACGAGAUCAUAGAAACGACUUCAUUGCAAUCUUCUGGUUAGGUGCCAAAGAUCGAGAUACAGUACUGCAGUCAUUGAGCUCUGUAUUGUCGCAAUUACCACAACCCAAUACUGAAAUGGUUGAUGAGGAGAAAGUCGAGAAACGAGCUAGGCAUGUGCUGCGGUGGCUAGCAUUAGAGGGAAACUCGCGCUGGUUGGUCAUUUUUGACAAUGUCGACCAAUACGUCGAUGGUCACGACGACAAUGCUCAGAAUUGCUUUGAUAUCAGCGAAUUCUUUCCCACAGCGGACCAUGGCUCUAUUCUUGUUACCUCGCGACUUCAGGCAUUGACUGAGCUGGGAAUGUCUUUUCCAGUCCCGAAACUUGAAACCUUGGAAGCAAUUCAACUACUUCUGCAGAGCAGUAGCCUCCCACUCAACGAUAACAUUGAGAAAAAUCCAGAUACCCUUGCUCUUAGCGGUCGUCUAGACAGACUACCACUGACAAUCAUCAUUGCCGGAUCCUUUAUUCGAGAAACGGGAACCAGCAUCUCGGAGUACUUGCAGUAUUACACGGAGAGUUGGGAUGAACUACAGUCACAAUCGAGACCUGGACGUCAUUACCCACAAGGCAACAUACUACAGACAUGGACAAUCUCAUUCAACGAGAUGAAGAAGCGGAACCCAAAUGCGGCAGAGCUACUACUACUACUUUCUUACUUUGACAACCGCAGUAUCUGGUAUGGACUAGUCAGAUGUUGUUGCAACUCGUGCAGCUCGGAUGCCCUGGCCUGGUUUCAGAAAACUGUAUCAAAUGAACUCGCCUUCAAAAGCACAUUGAGACCUCUCAUCAAAUUCUCUCUCGUUGAGCCUGAGCGGCAAGAAGGAAGUUACACAAUACAUCCAGUUGUACAGAAUUGGUGUCUCCACGUUGCUAGAGAAAGAGGGGAUGAAGAGAAGUUCCCAAAGGCUUUGCAGCGACUUCUUCCGCAUGCGGAUCACAUAGUUUGUGGGGAUUGGUCAAGCAACAACAAUACCGCAGUGUUUGGAACACUUAACAAUAUAGGGCUUCUCUACUCUAAGCAGCAUAAGCUGAAGAAGGCAAAGGAGUUGUUCUGUCAGGCAUUGCCCGGUGCAAAAGAGAUACUAGGUCCAGACCAUAUGGUUACCCUUACAACAAUCAGCAAUAUUGGAGAUGAGAUGUGCCAUCAAGUACUAGCAGUCAAGAAGAAGCUGUUGAGACCGAAUGACCCAUCUACCCUGGGAACAGCUAACCAAAUUGCAACCCUCUACUCCGACCAGGGUAAGCUGAAGGAAGCAGAAGAGAUGUAUUGCCAGAUAUUAUCAAUCGCAGAAAAGGCACUAGGUGCAGAUUAUCCAUUAACCCUGGACAUUAUCCACAACCUUGCCGUCACUUACGCUGAGCAAAAAAUGGUAAAGGAAGCAAAAAAGAGGUACUGUCAAGCUUUGGCAGGUCUCUUCACUAUCGGGACCUUCUACAUCAAACAGGGCAGGCUGAGUGAAUUGGAGGAAAUGUACUGUCAAGUACUGGUGAAAAUGGAAAAAUCACUUGGUCGAGAUCAUCCAACCCCCCUAAAGGUAGUCGAUGUCCUUGAUGGUGUCCGCGAAUUCAACACGUUGGAGGACGAAGAGGAUAAGCGGCAUCAAAAAUGGGUCCUGCUUAAGAAAUUAGAUAAAUGA